AUGGAGAAGAAGGGAGAUGACUUGAGUUUUAAUGCAGCUGUAAACAAGGCAGCUAGUUCAAUCCAACGUUUUCCUCUGACUGAGGUGCAAGGUGUCCCACUCAGGAAAUGGAUUGCUCAAAACUGGAGCUCCAUUUGGGCCUUCUGCCCACAUCCAUCUGAUUUGCUCAUCUCCACCUACCCCAAAUCAGGUACCACAUGGGUCCAGGAAAUAGUGGAUCUGCUGCGGAAUAAUGGAGAUGAUGAGAUUUGUAAGAGAGCUCCAACGACUGAACGCAGCCCAUUUCUGGAGGUCCAUUAUCCACCUCCAAUUCCGUCAGGACUGGACCUACUAAAAAAAGUGAAACCUCCUAGAGUCAUCAAGACCCACUUACCCAUACAGCUGGUACCUAAAGGAUUCUGGGAAAAUAAAUGCAAGGUUAUUUAUGUAGCCCGAAAUGCUAAAGACAACGUGAUCAGCUACUACCACUUUGACCGAAUGAAUCUAAUUCAUCCAGACCCAGGUUCAUGGGAAGAAUAUCUCCAGAAGUUCAUGGAAGGAAAAUUGGCUUGGGGAUCUUGGUACGAUCAUGUUAAAGGUUACUGGAAAGAAAAAGAGAAGAGGAACAUCCUUUACAUGUUCUUUGAGGACAUGAAAGAGAAUCCUCGUCGAGAAAUAUUGAGGAUCAUGCGGUACCUGGACCUUUCACUGUCCGAUGACAUCAUUGACAAGAUUGUGGAGUUGACAUCCUUUAAAGCCAUGAAAAAUAACCCAAUGGCCAACUACUCAACCAUCCCAAAGAUCAUAUUUGAUCAAUCUAUCUCUGCUUUCAUGAGAAAAGGGGAGGUUGGAGACUGGACUAAUUACUUCACACUGGCUCAGUCCCAGAUGUUUGAUGAGGACUACGCCAGACAAAUGGCCGAUGUAAACAUUCCCUUUCGCACAAGCAUAUAAAAAGUGCCACCGAGAAGAAUCGGAACCUAAACUGAGAUCAACACUUCACUAAACACAGAUAUGCAAGGAUAAGUCAGACUAUUCUCAGCAAGUUUAGUGUUACCUGAAAAAUUUUGUAACAAAAAACAAAAAAUAAGUUAUCUGUGAAUUUGUACAUACUUACAGCAUGGAGAUUUACCAAGCUUUAAUAAUGUGUCAAAUAAAAAACACUGAAUUUA